AUGGCUCCCUUGUCGUUGGGUCUGGGAGUUGCAAUGGCCAAAUCCCUUGCCAUUGCUAUACAGGCUGCCAUCAGUGCUCCAUGCCGAGGUCAGAAGGGAGGCGCUACAACCUAUAAGCAUGUUGUAAUGUCUUUUACGCGUGCCUUAUUUGAAAAUGCAUCUAUGGAGCAGCUUCAACUUGUUCUUCCCUCCACCGUCGCUCAAAAGAGUUACGAAGCCCACAUGAAACAGCAAAAGGCCCCUCCCAAUAUCCUUGUUCUCUCCGAAGGUACAACGGCAUUCUGGCUAGGGAAUCCUGCUGCCGAAAAGUUGAUCAUCUACUUUCCCGGUGGCGGCUACUGCCUCCCCGCGCUACCGGACCACUUCAGUUAUCUCGAGGCUCUCUCUGAGGACAUAAAACAACACGUGCAAAGUAUUGGCGUGUUAUUACUUGCCUAUGAACUUACCCCUCAAGCCCGAUGGCCACGUCAGUUGCAACAGGCCGUUGCUAUUUUGCAGCACGCCAUUCAGACACUGGGGAAACGACCGUCAGACAUUGUUCUUCACGGUGACUCGGCGGGCGCUCAUCUUGCACUUGCGGUAUUAUCACAUCUCGCUCAUCCGCAUCCUGAAGUUAUGGUGCCAAGAUUUUCAGUUGAUGAACCCCUAGGAGGAGCGAUGCUGUUGUCCCCUUGGGUUGACUUUGGAACUGACCACGCGAGCUCCAUCGAAAAUGCUGAUAAAGACGUUAUUUCGGCUAAGACUUUGCAUAACUGGGCACAAAUCUUUCUAGGCCAGACCGCGGAAGAUAUGUACAAUUGCCCAGCCAAAGCCCCACAUGGCUGGUGGAGAGAUCUUCCUGUUUCAAGACUCUUUGUUGGCGUGGGGGGAGACGAAGUCCUCUUAGAUCCGAUUAGACAGAUGGCCGAGAAGAUGAAGGGUGAACUCCCCGACGUGAGCAUUAGUAUCAUACCACGAGAAUUCCACGUUGAGCCAGUCACGGACUGCGCUUUGAAUAUACCCCCUGGGUUGCAAUUCAAGGCGAUAGCAUCAUGCGCCCAAAGCUGCAGAGAAUGUCUCGCCCGGGGCCUCCCAUGUCGCAGCCAAGAAUUCCCGGAACCUGAGAACCUCCGCGACUCGGACCGCACAUACCUGAACGAGCGUAUGGCCCGUGUGGAAGCCCUGUUGGAGAAGCUUCUAAUACGGGUCGACGGUGGGAGUAAUGCUAGCAAUGGGAGCAUUGGGAGCAAUCAACAGUGGGACUCGAAAUCACCCAUAGAUUGGGCGGAAACCAGUCCCGAAUCCAGUCCCCCGACCGUGACACCAGCCCCAGACAAUGCUCCAAUUUUGUCUCUUUUUAACAACCAAGCGCUAGGUUUCCAACGAUCAGACGCCGCUGCGCCCGAUUUUGCAUAUGGUACAAUCAACAGGGACUGGGAAAGACUACGCCGUGAUCUGAUAGCCUUGAUACCCUCCCAGAAGACACUGAAAAUUAUAUCCGAGGCUAGCAGUAGCUGGUGGCUUAUGCGCGUGCAGUUAUUCGAAGACCAGGAUAAAUCGUUGCUUUCAUCCUCGGUGGAAAUCCUUCGAACCAGCCACCCGGCUGUAGUUGCUAAGGCCAUUCUGUGGAUUGCGUUGUGUCUCCAGCAACUCCCAUCCGAGUUUGAUUUACCCUCCCUUGGGCUUUCCUGCCUACCUGGGGUCUUGAUUGACGAAUGCAUGAGCCGUGUUUCGACGUUGGUCUGCUCUGAUGACUCUAUCGUCAGCUGUAUUGAGGGACUCGAGUGCUUGGUUCUGCAAGGAUUAAUCUUUAGCAAUGACGGAAAACUACGAAGUGCAUGGCUUUCCUGUCGUCGGGCGGCAGAUAUCGCCCAGAUAAUCGGGUUUCACCGUGAUGAACCAGCUACCAAUAAAAGCGCCGAUUUUCAACGUCGAGCCACCUUAAUCUGGAGACAAAUCAUGAUGGUCGACAGGCACUUUUCACUGAUCCUUGGGGUACAUGGAGCUGUAUCCAAUAUGGCAAUAGAUUUAUAUCAAUCCAACCAAAGCGACACUCAGGAUGUGCCUGUUCGCAAUGCAUCCGUUUUGAACCCGCUUGCUCGGAUAGCUGGAUCAAUCAUUGACCGUAAUCAGAUCUUCACAGAAGUCAAUCCAGCCAUGCUGAAAAUGACCCAUGUCAUCGAUGCGGAACUUCAAGCGUUCACGGUCCCUCCUUUGGCGUCACCCGACAAUCUUCCGCCAGGCAAAUGUAUGGAGCGGGCCAAUUGUUUCAUGCAGCUUCACUAUCGACUAUGGUACUACCAAAUCACGGCGUGGCUACAUCUACCUCUCCUACUAGCGUCUGGUAAUGACAACUCUUUUGAAUACAAUCGGAAAACCUGUCUUCAAGCCUCUCGCCAUAUCAUCAAUUGCUAUGUCAAUAUCCGGCGCACCACUGAAAAAGGGUUUGACUCCAAGGUUCUUGAUUUCCAAGCCUUUACCACGGCAAUGACAAUCAUUGUGAAUAGACUUGGGCCAUUUGGCCCACAAGACUUUACCAACGAAGAUUACCUCGCUAUCGACCGAGUUAUGACUAUUCUAGAGCAACUAUCAAAGACCGUUCCUCCAGACAAGAUCGCAACUCGAGCGUUGCGCGUCUUGAAGAUUAUCAAUGCGAUAGGGAUUGGUGCCGAACUACCGCAACUUGACGCGCCAGAAGGACACCAAUACGAGAAUGGAAGGCUUAGUCGCAUCAAGCUUGAUAUUCCCUAUUUCGGUACAAUAUACCUCGAACGUCGUGCCUUCGCUGAUCAAUCAUCCAAAGGCUUUGCUGCAUGUGCUACACCCCCGCCAACUUUGCCCAACACCACUCCUGGGCAGUUCUACCCAUCAUCUUCAUGGGUGGGCACGAUCCCAGACCCCGGUUAUGCAAUUGAGCAGGUUGCGGAAACAGCCCAAUGGACAGAUAAUAACUUAUACUUUGAUCCGAACACCGAGUUUUGGGCUUUCAACUCCGAGUUCACAUUUCAGCCUCCAUUUUUGGCUGAUUAUGAUGUUGAUUGGGAUAGUUGGGGUAUGGAUGUGGGCUUAUGA